ACGGGCUCUUCGAGGGAUCGGCGUCACAUGACUCCGCCUGCCCCUCGCCCGCGCGCAGCUCGCCAGUCCCUCAGUUUGCCCGGCGCCGGGGGAGGGUCGGGCGGCCUCUCCGGGGCCCGGGGGCGCCGCGGGGCGGAGAAGAAGUUCCGGCGGGGAAUGGUACAUCUCUCUUCCAGAAGCCGCGGCCCGGCGCCAGCUCCCGGAGUGUAGAUAUUUGGGGGGAGGGGAGAGCGACCAGGAGCGAGCGAGCGAGCGAGCGAGCGCCGGAGAAAGGCAGCGCGCCGCGCGCACAGACGGGGGGCCGCGGGGUGUCGCGCGGAGAAGAUGUAAGCGCGUGGGGUCUCGCUGGCCUCCGAGCACCAUGCAGAAGGGGAUCCGGCUGAACGAUGGCCACGUCGCGUCCCUGGGACUGCUGGCGCGCAAGGACGGCACGCGCAAAGGCUACCUGAGCAAGCGGAGUUCGGACAACACAAAAUGGCAAACCAAGUGGUUCGCGCUGCUGCAGAACCUUCUCUUCUACUUCGAGAGCGACUCGAGCUCGCGGCCCUCGGGGCUCUACCUGCUGGAGGGCUGCGUCUGCGACCGCGCGCCCUCCCCCAAGCCUGCGCUCUCGGCCAAGGAGCCGCUGGAGAAACAGCAUUAUUUCACGGUCAACUUCAGCCACGAGAACCAGAAAGCCCUGGAGCUGAGGACAGAGGACGCCAAGGAUUGUGACGAGUGGGUGGCAGCCAUCGCUCAUGCCAGCUACCGGACCCUGGCCACAGAGCACGAAGCGCUGAUGCAGAAGUACCUGCACCUGCUGCAGAUUGUGGAGACGGAGAAGACGGUGGCCACGCAGCUGCGGCGGCAGAUCGAGGAUGGGGAGGUUGAGAUCGAGCGGCUGAAGGCAGAGAUCGCGACUCUGCUCAGGGACAAUGAGCGCAUCCAGUCCACCCAGACUGUCACCCCCAACGAUGAGGACAGUGACAUCAAGAAGAUUAAGAAGGUCCAGAGCUUCCUGCGUGGCUGGCUGUGCAGGCGCAAGUGGAAGACCAUCAUCCAGGACUACAUCCGCUCGCCGCACGCCGACAGCAUGCGAAAGCGGAACCAGGUGGUGUUCAGCAUGCUGGAGGCCGAGGCCGAGUACGUUCAGCAGCUGCACAUCCUGGUCAACAACUUCCUGCGGCCGCUGCGCAUGGCCGCCAGCUCCAAGAAGCCGCCCAUCACGCACGACGACGUCAGCAGCAUCUUCCUGAACAGCGAGACCAUCAUGUUCCUGCACCAGAUUUUCUACCAGGGCCUGAAGGCCCGCAUCUCCAGCUGGCCCACGCUGGUCCUGGCCGACCUGUUCGACAUCCUGCUGCCCAUGCUGAACAUCUACCAGGAGUUCGUGCGGAACCACCAGUAUAGCCUGCAGAUCCUGGCACACUGCAAACAGAACCGGGACUUCGACAAGCUGCUGAAGCACUACGAGGCCAAGCCAGACUGCGAGGAGAGGACGCUGGAGACCUUCCUCACCUACCCCAUGUUCCAGAUUCCCAGGUACAUCCUGACGCUGCACGAGCUCCUGGCCCACACCCCUCAUGAGCACGUGGAGCGGAACAGCCUGGACUAUGCCAAAUCCAAGCUGGAGGAGCUGUCCAGGAUAAUGCAUGACGAAGUGAGCGAGACAGAGAACAUCCGGAAAAAUCUAGCCAUCGAGCGCAUGAUUAUCGAAGGCUGUGAAAUCCUGCUGGACACCAGCCAGACUUUCGUGAGACAAGGCUCCCUCAUCCAGGUGCCCAUGUCUGAGAAAGGCAAGAUCACCAGGGGCCGCCUGGGGUCUCUGUCCCUGAGGAAGGAGGGCGAGCGACAGUGUUUCUUGUUCUCCAAGCAUCUCAUCAUCUGCACCAGGGGUUCCGGCGGGAAACUGCACCUGACCAAGAACGGGGUCAUCUCCCUCAUCGACUGCACCUUGCUGGAGGACCCAGAGAGCACGGAGGAAGAAGCCAAAGGGUCCAGCCAAGACAUAGACCACUUGGAUUUUAAGAUCGGAGUGGAGCCCAAGGACUCCCCGCCUUUCACAGUCAUCCUGGUGGCCUCGUCCAGACAGGAGAAGGCGGCGUGGACCAGUGACAUCAGCCAGUGUGUGGACAACAUCCGCUGCAACGGCCUCAUGAUGAACGCGUUUGAGGAGAAUUCCAAGGUCACCGUGCCGCAGAUGAUCAAGUCGGACGCCUCCCUGUACUGCGAUGACGUGGACAUCCGCUUCAGCAAAACCAUGAACUCCUGCAAAGUGCUGCAGAUCCGCUACGCCAGCGUGGGCCGGCUGCUCGAGAGGCUGACGGACCUGCGCUUCCUGAGCAUCGACUUCCUCAACACCUUCCUGCACUCUUACCGCGUCUUCACCACCGCCGUCGUGGUCCUGGACAAGCUCAUCGCCAUCUACAGAAAGCCCAUCAGCGCCAUCCCCGCCAGGUCCCUGGAGCUCUUGUUUGCCAGCGGCCAGAACAGCAAGCUUCUGUACGGCGACCCCCCCAAGUCCCCGCGCGCCACGCGCAAGUUCUCCUCGCCGCCCCCCCUGUCCAUCGCCAAGACGUCGUCGCCCGGCCGCCGGCGGAAGCUGUCCCUGAACAUCCCCAUCAUCACGGGUGGCAAGGCCCUGGACCUGGCCGCCCUCAGCUGCAACUCCAAUGGCUACAGCAGCCUGUACUCGGCCGUGUCGCCCUUCAGCAAGGCCUCGCUGGACACCAGCAAGCUCUACGUGUCCAGCGGCUUCACCAACAAGAUUCCAGACGAAGGCGACAUGGCCGCUGAGAAGCCCGAAGAGCCCUCGGCUCUCAGCAAGCAGAGCUCAGAAGUCUCUGUGAGGGAAGAGUCGGAUAACGACGAGGACCAGAGUGAGGACGGGGACACGGAGGCGUCGCCGACCAAAUCCCCAACGACGCCAAAGUCGGUCAAAAGCAAAAAUCCCUCAGAGUUCCCCCUCUUUUCCUACAACAACGGGGUGGUCAUGACCUCGUCUCGGGAACUGGACAACAGCCGCAGUGCCCUGUCCGCGGCCUCUGCCUUUGCCAUAGCAACGGCGGGAGCCAACGAGGGCGCCCCAAGCAAGGACAAGUACCGCAGGAUGUCCCUGGCCAGCACAGGGUUUCCCCCUGACCAGCGGAACGGAGACAAGGAGUUUGUGAUCCGCAGAGCGGCCACCAACCGGGUCCUGAACGUGCUCCGCCACUGGGUCUCCAAACACUCUCAGGACUUUGAGACCAACAAUGAGCUCAGAGGCAAGGUGAUCAGCUUCCUGGAGGAGGUCAUGCACGACCCCGAGCUCCUGACCCAGGAGAGGAAGGCCGCGGCCAACAUCAUCAGGACUCUGACCCAGGACGACCCGGGUGACAACCAGGUCACGCUGGAGGAGAUCACACAGAUGGCAGAAGGCGUGAAGGCAGAGCCCUUUGAAAACCACUCAGCCCUGGAGAUUGCCGAGCAGCUGACCUUGCUGGACCACCUCGUCUUCAAGAAGAUCCCUUACGAGGAGUUCUUCGGACAAGGCUGGAUGAAGCUGGAGAAGAAUGAGCGGACCCCUUAUAUCAUGAAAACCACGAAGCAUUUCAACGACAUCAGUAACUUGAUUGCUUCAGAGAUCAUCCGCAACGAGGACAUCAACGCGAGAGUGAGCGCCAUCGAGAAGUGGGUGGCCGUGGCCGACAUAUGCCGCUGUCUGCACAACUACAACGCCGUCCUGGAGAUCACCUCGUCCAUGAACCGCAGCGCAAUAUUCCGGCUGAAAAAGACGUGGCUCAAAGUCUCCAAGCAGACAAAAGCUUUGAUUGACAAGCUCCAAAAGCUUGUGUCAUCAGAGGGCAGAUUUAAGAAUCUCAGAGAAGCUCUGAAAAAUUGUGACCCGCCCUGUGUCCCUUACCUGGGGAUGUACCUCACCGACCUGGCCUUUAUCGAAGAGGGGACACCCAAUUACACGGAGGACGGCCUGGUCAACUUCUCCAAGAUGAGGAUGAUAUCUCACAUCAUCCGAGAGAUUCGCCAGUUCCAGCAAACUGCCUAUAAGAUAGAACACCAGGUGAAGGUGACCCAGUACCUGCUGGACCAGUCCUUCGUCAUGGACGAGGAGAGCCUCUAUGAGUCUUCCCUGCGAAUGGAGCCCAAACUCCCCACCUGAAGCCGGCCCGGCCCGGCCCCGGCGCCCCACGGACACACGCGGUGUGAUGUGUACAUAAUUGUCUGGUUCCUGGAUUCUCCUCUCUAGUAUGUGCUUCUCCGAGAAUACAGCUCCGUUCUCGUUCUUAGAUCCCCGUAGAACCGGAACAGGAGCCUCCGCUCCGUGUGAGACUUCGCCCCCACCCAGCCCCCGCCCCCCGCAGCACCUGUUUCUUUCCAGCCGCGUCCGUAACCUUCCCAGCCCCCCACUCUCUCGGACGGGGAGACGGAGCCCGUGCAGACGCCAGCCUGGGCGCCACCCCGCUUCUGUCCUUCCGCGGCCCAGGCCUCCCCCCCACCCCGGGCUGAGGCGGCCCCCCCCCGGGCGCCCUCCCAGCAUGUUCCAUGUAGUCGUCGUAACGGGGGGGUGGGGGGGUGGGGGGAGGCGGGUGGGGACCACACCCUGAAGUCCAGUCAUCCACGGAUCUUCCCGCUGACGGCGAUGCCAGUUUCCAAAGCAGCUUUUUCAGCCAAAAUCACAGGGGUCAGAACUCUCCGUCUCCCGGUAACCUGGACGGAGGGGGUCCUCUCCGCUGAGAACCACGCCCCACGACACCAGCGCACCACCCUGUGCAGGCCCCACACGCUCCCUGCUCUGGGAACCACACCAGGGUCUCCGUGAACCCGGACGAGGCCCCGGAGCGUCCCCAGGGCAACCGAGUCACGACACAGAGUCGCAUCGACUUCUGCCGGCCGCUGCCCGGCAUCCGCCGCAAGUCGGGGACCCAGAGAAUGUCACUCGUCUCGUAGCCGCCUAACGGUCACCGCCAGCUUACGUUGAGAUGCUCCGAGUCUGUUCGCUUUGUGAAAAUAGUGCCACGCCGUAGAGCUAGGAAAUCAGUGAGUGUCUGUGUUGCACACACCGCAGUCCCGUCCGAGCGCCUUCCAGCAGGAGUCCGGCAGCGCCCGUUCCGCGAAUACCCCCACGUGCUGUGACGCCGUGCGGCGGGGAGAGCACAGUCGGCUCCGCGCGGCUGGCAUGCCCCAGGACGGCAUGCAGGCUGCUCCUGCUGUAAGCAAUACCUUAGUGGUAUGAGAAUUCUAUUCCUAGUCCUAAAAUAUUUCCACUCACAGCUUGUUUGGAAAAGAGAAAUUUCCAUUUUUGUAAAAAUAUAUGUUUCCUGAUUACCUCUUGCUAAUAAAUUUCUUCUAUCUCAGGGUGAA